CAGUCGAACUGAUUCGAGAAGAACCGGGGAUGAUCGGGGCGGGCGGUGCUACACGGAUAGAUCUCUGCUUUUACCUAACCUGGUGGUCGUUUGGGGGAAAGGCAGAGCAAACACAGCUGACUCGAAGAUCAUCACACUGGAAUUACUUCUAGUUUUAUGUCUACAAAGCUUCACGUGAAGAAGAACCAUGAGACUCAGGUCUCAGAAAACCUGUUUGGAGACUCCGACCAGGAACAAAGCGACACCGAGACGAGCGCACCCUUCAGGAAGCGACACCCCGCUUCAGACUAAGGAUGAAAACACCUUGGAAACUGACCCGCAUCACUCUGAUGAUGAGAUCCCCACGUUCAGACGACCACGCUGUCGGCCCAGGAAGAGAGCCAUCGCCCUGGACGACGGAGAUCACGCAGAGUUGGCUUUCAAGACUCCGAUCAGAUCGAUCUUGCGCCACGAGCGCAUCCUGUCAGAGAUCGACCCCGCGACUCCUCGGAACACCACCUCCAGAAACAUCUACUCGCCCAUCGUGCGUUUCCUCACACCCAGCAAAGAGAACUUCAGGUGUCCAGAUUCAGGGAGCAACGUGUUGAUGAGUCCAGAACAAGGUUUCUUUGGUUUCGGCUCUGUAGACCUCCUGGCAGGUGACGAGGAUGACGACGUCUUUAAUCCCUUUAACUUCAUUAAGAACGUCCCGCUGCAGUCUCAACACUCCAGACUCAGACCCAGAGAUAUUCCUCCAAAGACCAGGAGCACUCCAGAGGCCACAAUGGUGAUCGACCUGGAGGAGACUCUGAUGUUCAGCUCUCUGAGUGUGAUCCAGGACGCCGAGUACACUUUCCACACCGCCUUCCAAGACCACCAGUACAAGGCGUAUAUGAUCCUACGACCACACGUCAAAGAGUUCCUUCAGUCCAUGGCUAAGACCUAUGAGCUGUUUGUUUACACGUGUGCAAAGAAGGAGUACGCAGAGAAGAUCCUGAACAUCCUGGACCCGCAGAGGAAACUGUUCCGACAUCGUCUGUAUCAGGAGGACUGCGCCUGCGUUCUCGGGCACUACAUCAAAGAUCUCAGCGUGCUGGGGAGGGACCUCGCCAAGACGGUCGUUCUGGACAACGCGCCCCACACAUACCCGUACCAUCUGAUGAACACGGUUCCCAUCAAGAGCUGGUCCGGAGAGUCGGACGACAGAGAGCUGCAGAAACUCAUCCCCUCCAUGGAGAGACUGUCUGCAGCGGACGAUUUUCGGGAGGUGCUGAAGAAGAGGAAGGAUCACUUCCACCGGCUGCUGUCAGAGGACUAACAGGACCCUGCAGCCCCCCUCCUCCUCCUCCUCCUCACUCUGAAUACAUUACGUGACUUUCACAGCCCGUGUUUGCUUUCUUUAUGCUUUGGCUAAAAGCAGAAUCCAGUUUGAAUCAGCGGACCUGAAGCCUGACCUGCUCACCCUCCUCGCCCCCCCUGAUGACUUUAAAGAACGGCACAUCGGUAUGUCAAACAUGCAGCGGGUCGUUCAUCACCAAAACCCCUUUCCCCCCCCAGAGUCAUUCCACAGGGCAAUAAAUGCCCCCCAGCGUACGUGUAAAUAUCCCAGACCAAACUCAAAGUGUUGUUUAUAUUCCUGAUCUUUAAUUUAUUGCUUAUAUUUCUAAUCAUCGGCUCUCCUCUGUAUAUUUUAAACAUGCUUUUUUAUGCAAUAAAAGUAUCCUGAUGAUUAAAAGGAAAA